CCCAAACCCCAUCAUCACACGACUCCCACCUCAAUUCUUACGUGUGAAAAAUACAGAGCUUCCAUGGGCGACUACACAGAAGACCAUCAGUCUCCAUUAGUCCAAUGCUCGCAUUCAUCUGAUGAAGAAUCACAGGAACUCACACACAGGACAGGGACCAUAUGGACGGCGAUUGCUCAUAUAAUAACCGGAGUUAUGGGGGCAGGGGUGUUAUCACUGGCGUGGAGCUUAGCUCAACUCGGAUGGUUGUUUGGUCCUCCUGCAAUCAUUAUCUUUGCUGCAGUCACCGGAGUUUCAAACUCCAUUCUCUCCGAUUGCUACCGAUCUCCACACCCUGAGUAUGGCGCUCAUAGGCAUGUUUCAUUUCUUCAAGCUGUCCGUUUCUUUUUGGGGGAGAAGAAGCAGAGGAUAUGUGCAGUGCUUCUCAACGAGAGUUUAUUCGGGAAUGAUAUUGCAUACACCAUUGCAACUGCUACCAGCAUCAGGGCAAUAUUAAAAUCAAAUUGUUACCACAAACAAGGGCAUGAUGCAGAUUGUAGAUAUGAAGACAACAUUUAUAUGCUGCUGUUUGGACUUGUGCAGAUUGUCAUGUCUCAGAUACCAAAUUUCCAUGACAUGGCAUGGUUAUCUGUUGUUGCUGCCAUCAUGUCAUUUGCUUACUCUACCAUUGGCGUCGGGCUUGGUUUUGCAAAAGUUAUCGAAAAUGGAGAGAUUAUGGGAAGCAUUGGAGGAGUUCCUGCAACUUCUGCAAUUGAUAAAGUAUGGCUGGUUUUUCAGGGUCUUGGAGACAUAGCUUUUGCUUAUCCAUACUCCAUAAUUCUCCUUGAAAUUCAGGAUACAUUGAAAUCACCUCCAUCCGAAACAAAAACCAUGAAGAAAGCAUCAAUGUCUGCAAUCAUUAUCACUACCUUCUUCUAUAUGUGUUGUGGGAGCUUUGGGUAUGCUGCCUUUGGAAAUAACACACCUGGCAAUAUCUUGAGUGGAUUUGGAUUUUAUGAGCCCUAUUGGCUUGUUGAUUUGGCCAAUGCAUGCGUUGUUCUUCAUCUUGUUGGCGGAUAUCAGAUAUUCAGCCAGCCGAUAUUUGCACUUGUGGAAACAUGGUUUUCUAAGAGUUACCCAGACAGUGAAUUCGUGAAUGGGUUUUACAGAUUGAAGCUGCCAUUAUCAGAAGCAACAUUUCAUGUUAAUCUGUUGAGGCUAUGUUUCAGAACUUUAUAUGUUGUGACCACAACUGGAAUCGCAAUGUUGUUUCCAUAUUUUAAUCAAGUGCUGGGAGUGUUAGGGGCCUUAAACUUUUGGUCACUGACUAUAUAUUUCCCUGUGGAGAUGUACUUUGUGCAAAGAAAGAUUGUACCUUGGACAACAAAAUGGGUUGCUCUUCGGACCUUCAGCUUGGUUUGCUUUCUUGUAUCAGUUUUGGCCUUCAUUGGAUCACUUCAAGGACUCAUAUCCGCCAGAUUGAGAUGAACACAUGUAUACUUCUUCGGUUAUUUUAUUAGAAUUCUUGGUUUCUUGUACAUUCAUAUUCCUUUUUAUGCAAUAAAGUUUGGCUAGAAAUCAA